AUGCGCCUCUUGUUUGCUCUCCACACCUUAGUAGCCGCCUUUUUCACCCAACUUAGGCGCUGCUACAGCGGCGUUAACAACCCCCCUCACCCCUGCAUAACUAACUUCACGCUGUCAAAACUGAGCAACAGUUACCACGUAAAGAAUGACAUAAUCAAUUAUGGCAGAUUUAAAUAUGUGUACAGUAUUAAGAAUCACCCCAUUCACCAUGUAACGACGAGGAUCCUUGAUCACCUCAAAAGGGAGUCUUCCUUCUGGGUCGUUUAUAACAAGUGUCCCCUGUACCAAACGAAUUCAUGCUUUAAUGAUAUUUUGAUUAAGGACACGAAUGAUACCACGUCUGCGAGGAAUAACUUUUACUUUUCGGACUCGCUUUUGUACCUCCCCCAGGCGACGUCUCUCUUUCCCCAUGUCUGUCACUUGCUAAGGGGGGAACAAAAGGGGAGGCACAUUCCACAUUGUGGGGUGGGGCAUACGACCGAGUGUUCCAACCCCCAAUGGGGGGGGACACCAAAUGGGGCCAUUCGAAAAACUGCAGAGGGGAGCGAACAGACGGUAGAGAGACUCGAACGAACUGCAGAUAGACGCGAACAGACUGCAGAGGGGGAACAAACUGCAGAGGGAAAGUCCCACAGCGGGACACCACACCUAGACAGAGGCACAGACAACUUCCUCAUCAUCUCAAACAUUUUCAGAAAAGACAACAUCGACAAAUUGCACUUUACAUUUUUUAACCAAAUGGACAUAUAUAUAAAAAUAAAAAACGAACUGGUAGGGAAAAAGAAACAGCUCAUGUACUUUCUCUGUUCAUUGCUGGACUCAAUCUUUGCCAACACACACAAAUGGAGAAUAAAGAAAGACUCCUUUGAUUUUACCAACCAUUCGUUGCAAGCAGAAGUUUAUUACAAGAACAAAUGGGUUGAAAUUUUGGGUUGUGGAAUCUUAAAGAAGAAAAUCCUCUUUCGAAAAUGGAAGCAGUAUGAUAUGGGUGAUUACUUAGCCAUAGGGUUAGGUUUAGAUAGAAUCGCCAUGAUAAAGUGGGAGGUCAAGAGAAUACGGGACCUAUAUUUGUACAUUACGAACACAGGAGGGAAUACUUUAUUGACAAAAAAAACGGAGACGGAGAUGAGGCGGACAAAAGGCACGGCUGGAAAUAUGAUUAGACAUGGUGACAUUCCAGGGGGUGACACAAAUGGAGAUGCAUCGAUUCAGACGAAUAGACCAGCUGUUAGGGAAGCAGAACACAUCGGUGAAGAAAACAUCGGUGAAGAGAACAUCGGUGAAGAGAACAUCGGUGAAGAGAACAUCGGUGAUGAAAACAUCGGUGAUGAAAACAUCUUAGUAGAUUCCCCCAAGCUGGAGGGAACCCAUUUGAGGAACGCAUUACUGCAUCUAUUGUCGAGGAAAAGGGAUCCAAAUCGACCAAAGAGCGACUCAUUUCUGUAUUUUUUAAAUUUAUAUAAUGUACGGCACGAGGAAAGAGAUGUGUCCUUUUAUGUCAACUCGGAGUGGGACACGGAUCUCUUCACAAAAAAGGUUCUUCAUUUUGCAUCCCUUCUGGGAGGUAGUGGUCUGCUCAGGCGGGUUCUACUUCUCGAUGUCUUCAUCCAUGAGGGCUCCGGCAGGACCAGUUACACGUACAAGUUUCUCUACGCCGCGCCGGCGAGCAUACGGGAGCAGCACACUUUUAGAGGCCUCGUGAAGGAGCUGCACGAGCGGUUGGUGCUCGAGAUCGUUCGCACGUACAGCGUGACCAUUCGAUGA